AGAGUCUGUAUUGUGAGCAUAUCAGUAUGAAGAAAGUUUUUUUUUUCUUUAUAUAUCCUUUUAACUAUUUAGUAUUUGUGUGAGUAUACGUAACGAAAUGAAACACUUGUUCUGUCUACUCUUAAAGGUAGUGUACGUGGCAAGGAAUCCCCGCGACGUAUGUGUCUCCUACUACCAUCACCAGAAGUCCUUGAAAGUCGCAGAAUUCAUUGGAGACUUUCCAGAUUUUGUCGAUUUAUGGUGCCGCGAUUUGUGCCUUCAAGCACCUUAUUGGGACCACCUGAUGGAGGCUUGGGAAAGGCGACAACACCCUAACUUCCUUUUCCUCUUCUAUGAGGACAUGAAAGAAAACCUGAUGAAGGAACUAAAGCGCCUUGAUGCCUUCCUCGGUACGGGACUGACAGAGGAUCAGCUCCGCCAAGUCGCCGAGCACACGGGUAUUUUGCAUAUGAAAAACAGGAGUUCUGUUAAUCCCGGAUCCAGUUCUUACUCCGAACAGGCUUUGAAAGAGGGAAGGCGUGACUUCAUCAGAAAAGGUAUGUUUACCUAUUUGCCAUCAUGAUUAAAUUUACGCACAUUAUAAUAUUAAUUCA